UAGAGGGUUAGUUUUUUUAUUUACUGAAAUGCUCCUAAUAUUUCCCUAAAAGAACAAUAUAUAGUUUGCCCGGUUGACAGAAACUGGGGAUAAAAGAAUCUCCAAUCAAGAUCAACAGUCAGACAAAUAUGCAGCUUUAUUUAGAGGAGAUGGAGAGGUGUACAGUGUACUUGAGGUUUACUCGCAAACCAAGACCUGAAUCAAUAAGGAAUCACGCCGCUGGAUCAAUCCUAGUUUCAGAAGCUGGAGGCAAAGUGACUGAUGCAGAGGGGAAUCCAUUGGACUUUUCCAAAGGGAAGUAUCUUGAUUACAAGAGAGGAAUCGUUGUGACAACACAGAAACUAUUGCCUAGGCUUUUGAAUGCGGUAAGAGAAUCUACUAAAGAAGAAGAGGAAGCUGAUUCUUGGAAACUUCACUGACACGCAACUGUAAUAUACUUGUUAUACUCUGUCUCUGUGUUUUCUUUACACAGUGAGACAGACUAUUAUCAUUUUAGAAAAAAGCUCAUCUUUGAUAUUAUAAAAAGACUAUUUCUCUUUGAAGCUUAUUAAAACAUUAUCGUAAUGUUCAUGUUGAUCAUUUGAAAAUACGACGUGAAUGCAAUUUGAAAACAUUUGGGACUAUUUUGUGAAGUCAACUAAAUCUUGGGGAU